AUGGCUCACCACCACCACGCUCACAGGCAUCUCGCGCCUCGCAACCCCGGUUUCUGGGACAAUGUUGGCGAUAAAUUCGAGGAACUGAAUCCCUUCGCCUCCAAUGAUGAGGGCACGGGAAGCAAUGGAGGUAAUCUCAAAAUCAGACAGGACGACGACGAUGAUGAUGCCACGCCCACACAGCGCGCUAAUACGAAGCAAGGCGGCUCGACUGUUAUCAAAACAAUCUACCAGACUGUUACCGGUGACGACGCUGUCGCCGCCCCUACGAGCACCACCUCUAGGAAGCUGAUUGUCGCCCAAUCACCUAUCCCCGAGAGGCCGAAAUCGACGACAGCUGACUCCGCUGGGACUACUAUUGCCCGGGCCGGUGCGCCGAUCAUGGUGACGGCCGCCAGUUCAUCGCCCAUCGCCAAUGCUGCGUCGAAUUCGCCACUUCCCUCGGUCAUCGAGGACUCCUUGACCGAGAGCAUCCAAACCACGCUCGCCAUCGCGACGGACGCGCCCACUUUUGCAAAGUCCGCCCAGGCCACCGCCACUGCAGAUAAUGCCAGCACCAUCUCCAGCGCUUCUCCUAGCGCAACGUCAACCACUGAUGAGUCGACCAGCAACGAGACCAGCGGUGCCGCAAAGGCUGGCAUUGCCAUUGGUGUACUGGCCGGUGUCCUGGUGGUCUUUUUGCUCGUCUUCUUCCUCUUCAACCGUCGCAAGAAGCAGAUGGAGCAGCAUCGCCUGGCCGACGAGGAUGAGAAGAGCCAUGGGUUCGGAGCCGUCGACGCCGCCGUCAGUAGCCAGAACCCCCGCGCUCCCCGCAUCAGUCUCCGCCCCGUCACCCAGUUCCUUCCCAACUUGAACCUCGACAAGCGCGCCAGCAGGGGGCCUGCCAUUAAUAUGAAUGCCAAUCUGGCUCCCGCUGCCGCUGCUCUGGGUCUUCGUAACCCUGGCCAAUCCGCUUGGGACAGACCGGCAACGAACCAGAGCUCGAACCCCGCGAAUCCCUUCGGUUCUCAGGCCGAGAGAAUCAAUGGCCCCAUUGCCGAGGAGUCUGUCAGCCCCGUAAGCCUCAACGAGAAGCCCCUUCCCAGUGUCGUCGAACCUGCUCCGGGCACUGCCAUGAGUGAGCCCCCUGCCCACACCGGUGCCAACGGUGCCGCUAUUGCUGCAGGCGCCGCGACAGUUGGUGCCGGAGCUGUCGCUGCUGGAGGUCUGGCUCGUAAGGCGUCGACCCGCAAGGAUGGUCCCAAGGCACUCGAUCUGACGCUGCCUGCGCCUCCUGCCCCCUUGUCUACUAUCCCUGCUUCGCCCUCCGGAACCACGUUCAGCGCUGACUCUGCCGGCCCUGGUCACCAAUCCAAUGCAUCCACUGGUUCUGCUGCCAUUGCCGCCGCUGGAGGUCCCGCCAAUACCACCGUUCAUCGGGUGCAACUCGACUUCAAGCCUACUCUUGAGGAUGAGAUGGAGCUGAGAGCCGGUCAGCUUGUGCGCCUUCUCCACGAGUACGAUGAUGGAUGGGCGCUCUGCAUUCGCUUGGAUAGAUCCCAGCAGGGUGUUGUACCGCGCACCUGUCUCUCCACUCGUCCGGUCAAGCCCAGACCUCCUCAAGCCCAGGGACCUAACCAAGGACCUCCUCGUGGUCCUCACAUGGGCCCUGGUGCUCCCCGCGGUCCCGGCCCCAACUUCCCUCCUGGUCAGCGCCCCAUGAACUCCCAAGGCGGUCCACCUUAUCCUCGACCCGAGUCACCCGCAGACCGUCCGAUGAACGCCGGUGGCCGACCUCAAUCCCCCGGUCCUCGCUACCAGGGUUCUCCGGCACAGCGGCCGCAGAGCCCCAGCGGAAUGGGAGGUCACAAGCCGAGUCCUCCAGGACCGAGCAGAAUCCCUCAGCCCAGUCGAAUGAACCCCAACGGUCCUCCUAGUGGACCCAUGAACGGGCCCCCGGCUCAGGGCCGCCCAGGCCCACCGAUGGGACCCGUCGGCCGCAAGCCCGUCCCUGGACAGGCUGUGUAA